UCGCCUGCCACUCCCGCCUGCAGUUCCUGGUUGAGAGCCUGGGCUGCCGAAGGAGCGGAGGGGAAUCGGGAUAGCCGCGGGGAGAGCGAAUUGCAAGACGCUGCCUUGAUGGAGGGAACCAGGCAAGUGAGAUUUUCUCGCCCGUCCAAGAUAAGCCAGUCUUCAAAGGUGUAUAAAUGUGCUGCCCACCCCAGCUUUGUUCUUCAGAGCUUGAAUGAACAGAGACAUCGCAACCUCUUCUGCGAUGUUGUUCUCGUUGUGGAUGAGCAGAAAGUCCCUGCCCACCGGAACGUUCUAGCUGUCUGCAGUGAGUAUUUCCACACCAUGUUCACUAUCGGCAUGCGAGAAGCUUACCAGAAAGAAGUCGAACUCUUUGGGGCUACUGGCAUCGGCCUGACAGCGGUCAUGGACUUCCUGUACGGGUGUGAUCUGUUUCUCAACGGUGGGAAUAUCGAUUACAUCCUGGAAACAGCCCAUCUGCUGCAGAUCUGGCAAGUGGUUGAUUUCUGCUGCGAAUACUUGGAGAACGAGGUCAACGAAGAGAACUACUUGUACCUCCAGGAGCUAGCUUCCAUCUUCAGCCUCAAGCGCCUGGACGCCUACAUCGACUCGUUCAUCCUGAAGAACUUCGGCACGCUCUCUUUCACCCCGGACUUCUCGCAAAACAUCCCCGUCGAGAAGCUGUGCCAGUACCUCGGCAGUAGCGACGUUCAGCAGGAAUGCGAGCAUGACUUGCUGCAGGCGGCUCUCCAGUGGCUGAUGCAGCACCCCGAGCAGGAAACUGAGGCCCACCGGGUCUUGGAAAACAUCCAUUUCCCUCUGAUACCGAAGAGCGACCUUCUGCAUCGGGUCAAGCCGGCCAUCUGCUCCCUCCUUCCGAAAGAGGCCAACUGCGGAGACUUUGUCGAAGAGGCGGUGGAGUAUCACAACCAGGUGGCAGCUCAGCCCAUCCUGCAGAACAAGAGGACGGCGCUUAGGACAAAUGAAGAGAGGCUCCUGUUUGUCGGGGGGGAGGUGUCGGAGAAUUGCCUGGAGCUGAGUGACGACACGUGCUUUCUGGACCCCAAAACGGGGCAGUGGGUGAAGGAGACGCCGCUCCCAGCAAGGCGGAGCCACCACUGCGUGGCAGUCCUUGGGGGGUUCAUCUUCCUCGCCGGAGGCAGCUUUUUACGCGACAACGGUGGGGAUGCUGCGUCUGGUCUUCUCUAUAGGUAUGAUCCUCGGUGUAAACAGUGGAUAAAGCUUGCCUCAAUGAAGCAACAGCGAGUGGACUUUUAUCUUGCAGCCACCAAAGAUAUGCUGGUGGCUGUGGGUGGAAGGAAUGAAAAUGGAGCACUGUCAUCAGUUGAGACCUACAGCCCUGAGAAAGACACGUGGUCCUACGUAGCAGGCUUGCCAAGGUUUACGUAUGGUCACGCAGGUGCUGUCCACGAUGAGCUUGUCUACAUUUCGGGAGGCCACGAUUACCAGAUUGGUCCCUAUCGCAAAAAUCUGCUGUGCUACGAUUAUCGGACGGAUACCUGGGAAGAGAAGAGGCCUAUGAUCACAGCUCGGGGCUGGCACAGCAUGUGCACUUUACAGGAUGACAUUUAUUCGAUCGGGGGCAGCGACGACUAUCUCGAAACCAUGACCCGCUUCGACAUUCUGGGGGUGGAAUCCUACAGCCCAAAGUGCAACCAGUGGACCAGAGUGGCCCCUUUGCUCCAAGCCAACAGUGAAUCGGGUGUGGCCACCUGGGAGGGCAAGAUCUACAUCCUUGGGGGCUACAGCUGGGAGAACACUGUCUUCUCCAGAGCUGUUCAGGUGUACGACAAAACGACAAAGCAAUGGCACAAAGGGGGUGACCUCCCCAGAGCGAUAGCCGGGGUUUCCGCUUGUGUGUGCGCCUUGAAGCCCAGACUGGAUGACAAAAAGAAGAAGUCCAAACCACAACGCCAUCAGGACAGGGGGAGAUGAUGAACCUUGCAUGGAUCUCGCCCUGUCCUUUUCUUUUCCGGAUAGGGAGAACUGUUUUUCGAAACUUCAGCAAAAGUAUCAGAAAAAUUCCUUCUCCACUUGGGCUGGAGAAUUUCCUCUGUUGUAGAUCUUUGCUUCUCCGGAGUGGCGAGAAAACUGCAGUGGUAGACAUCCUCAUCUUUGGCGUAGCCACAGUGUUACAGGGCAAAGUCAGUUAGGAGGAAUCACAGGGCAUCUGUCAAACGGUGACGAGGGAGAGGAAUGUCAGGGGUCUUCGGAGAAAGCCGAGCAGGCAGCUAGCUUUUCUUUAAAGUAGAGCAGUGUAAAUAGAAGCCUGUCCUUCAAAACUCACUUGCCAUAUUAAACAUCCUGCUUCUGGAAAAUCGACCAAAACUGAGAAGC